GUGCGCGAUCGUUCCAUUCCGAAUGUCUGGAAAAUGAACAACAAAAAUUGGUAGCCUUGGAAUGUGGCGUUGUCCCGUUUGCAUCAGAUUGGAUUCGAAUAACGAAGAUCGUUUGGACAUGUUGCCAAUCAUAAUUGAUUGGGCAUUCAAAAAUGAAACGUUUGACUUGCUAAAGGAUCCUUUAAACUGCAAAGAAGAUCACUCGAAAACAGAUGACAUGGUGAAUCUGAUUAACCUGACAACGAUCAAGGAAAAAAUCAGCAAGAAUGAAUACACCAGCUUCUUCGGGCUCAUCACUGAUGUUCAUUGGAUCAUUCAUAAUUCUUCGGUGUUAUUUCCAGAGGAUCACGACACGGUAGAAAAGGCAUGGGAAUUGAUAGAUUAUAUCAAAAAGGAGAUUGAAAGUGUGGAAAUUUGUGCCGUUUGUUAUUCGAAUGAAAAUGAGCACCCGGAUAGUGGUUUCACAAUGGCGUGUACGAAGCCACAUCUUGUUCUUUGGGCUAAAGUACCUGGAUGGGACUACUGGCCAGGAAAGUGUUGGUCAAUUGAUGACCAAAUGGUCUUCGUACGAUUCUUUGGUGAUCAAAUGGAAGCAGACGUUCCAGCCGCAAAAUGCUUUCUUUACUCUAAAACCAAUCCAUCAAGGUUGAUCGAACGAGCACCCAUAAAAUACAAAAAGGCUGUAAAGGAAGCCAAUGAGUACAUUGAAAACAUUCGAACAAAAUUUGGUUCGUAUCAGCUCGCUGAAACUAAGACUGUCUUUGACCCAACGAUGUUGAAUCGCUACCUCUUCGAUGCGAUUCCAGGAUAUGUCAAUUCUCAAGAGCUUCCAAUCCUUCCAGAAGACAUCACGGAUAGCAGCCCCGAUUCACUUGUCAACGUUUCGGAAGACCAAAUUCAUUCUGAUGCCGAUAUGUCGACGCUUCCAAGAGGUGUACGCAAGAAUAAAUUUAAAUCGAUUGACUUGACCCUAUCGGAUGAUCUGACAGAUAUCGGACGAUCUGAUUCCGAUGAUGAUUAUCCAUCGGAAUCACAUGAUGGCUCUGAUCCGAAAGACAAAAAUUAUGGACAAAUCGAUGCUGGGUUUGCCAACAACACAAACGAUAGUGAAUUGAUUACGGAAGAUUCAAUUAAUGAGUCAUCCACAGAAGGAUCCAAUAUUCCUGUUGUCGAGCCCAUUGCAAAUGAUGAUGAAGGUACAACUGAAACCUGGAAUUUGGCUAAAUGCCGAGAAGUGAUGUUACAAUCCCAACUGAAUUCAAACAAAGCGCUCCAAUGUUUGUGUGAUUUGAAUGCCAAGUUGCAGGAUGAAAAGAAAAAUUUGGCCGCCCGAUACGAUCGACGCAUCAAGAAUUUGGAAGAACGUAAUCAACAGUUGCAUGAACAUGAAAAGAAGUGGACCGAUGAGCUGAAGAUGAAAAUUGAUCAACUAGUUGAACAGACGUCAGAGUACAAUAAAAUGAUUGAAAAAAAAGACCAAGAAAAGAAGACGGCCAUCAAUGAAACCAAGAAACGGUGCAAAGAAAAAUAUGAUCGCCAAUUGGAAAAUAAUAAAAAGAUGAAAUUUUGCGUGAGCUGCGACGACGCCAAACUACAAGACACACCCUACCUUUGCAGUACGGAAUGUGGGACACGUUAUUACCAAUUGCAGAUGGAUAAUUUAAUGAAUUUUGCUCAAAGCAACAUCAGCAACAAGGCACAAUCGAACAAGAAUUUUCGUAGCGAAAACCAAUUUGACAACAUUUGAAGUUGAUUCAAUUAUUUUCCAAUUGAAAAUUGUUUAGCGAGUCUGUACUGCUAGCAUAUUCAAUUAAAAUAUAUACGUUUGAUUCUUAUUCGAAUUAGAACAUAUGUAAAGUUAUCAUGAACAAUUUAUUAACAAUCAUUUUGAAAAUGAUUUUCGAAUUGAAAAUCAGCCAUUGAACUA